AUGCUUUCUUCGCCUUGCUCCGUCGCGGCGUGCGGCGCUCGCGCGUUCCGGGGCCUGUUCGUGGCCGCCGUGCGGCUCCCGAUGCUCCUCUUCUGCGACGCCAUGGUGUGGGCCGUCACCUUCCUCACCUUCCCCGUGCGCCUCCUCGCCGCCGCCGACAGGGAGCGCAAGCUGGAGCGGCUGGUGGGGGAGAUGCAGGGGCAGAUGGAGCGGGUGGUGUGGGAGAACGGGGACCUGGAGCAGCGGCUGCGGACGGCGCUCAAGGAGAACGCGACCAUGGAGGACAUCCUCGACGAGAUGGAGGAGGAGAACGAGGACGCCUUCGCCCGGAUCGACCUCCUCGAGAUGCAGCUCAAGGCGCUCAAGAAGGAGAACAUGCGGCUCAAGGAGCAGAGAGGCAGGUCCGUGUGGGACAAGGCGGCGGCCACGGCGACGGUGGCCGUGGCUGGAAGUGGCGGGGGCAAGAAGAAGGCUAGUGAACCGAGGGCGUGGGAAGGCCAAGAAGAGGAAGAAGACGCAGCAGCGCAGAAGGAUCGGCCCGUCGUCUUCAGACCCGGCGACAUCGACGCCUUCCCGCCGUCGGAGGCGCAGGCCCGGCUUCUUCGAGCGACGGCGCGGCGGCGGAGCCUGUUCAGCCUGGGCAUGUCGCUGGCGGUGGGCGGGAUCGCGUGGUCCGCGGACAAGCCGUGCCUGCCGCUCCUCGCGGGGCUCGUCGCCGUGGUGACCAUGUCCAUGUGCAGCGUGUCGCGCCUCUUCCGCGCGGCCGCAGACCGCCGCGUCCCGCCGCCGGCGUCCGCCGCCUCUGACGGCGCCGUGGCGCUGCUGAGCCUCAACUGGUUCCUGCUGGGCGUGCUCACCUACCCGAUGCUCCCGGGCGUGGCGCGGGCCGUCCUCCCGCGCACCCUCCCGCGCGCCACGCGCCUCGCCGGCCCCGCCAUGGCGUGGCUCGCUGCCGCGGUGCCCGUUUGA